AUGGAGAGAAAUGAUGCUGAUAAACUGGAGGAAGUCAUGCUUCCGGGGUUUCGGUUUCAUCCCACGGACGAGGAGCUGGUUGGGUUUUACCUGAAGAGGAAGAUUCAGCAGAAGCCUCUCUCUAUUGAGCUCAUCAAGCAACUAGAUAUCUAUAAAUAUGAUCCCUGGGAUCUUCCAAAGUUGGCAACCACGGGAGAGAAAGAAUGGUAUUUUUACUGCCCUAGGGACCGCAAGUAUAGAAACAGUGCUCGACCUAAUCGAGUAACUGGAGCUGGAUUUUGGAAAGCCACAGGAACGGACCGACCUAUCUACUCCUCUGAAGGUACCAAGUGCAUUGGCUUGAAGAAGUCUCUUGUUUUCUACAAAGGCAGAGCUGCUAAAGGGAUCAAAACUGAUUGGAUGAUGCAUGAGUUUCGGUUGCCUUCUCUCACCAACUCCGCGCCACCAAAAAGAUUAAUGGACAAAAGCGUUCCUGCCAAUGAUUCAUGGGCAAUUUGCAGGAUCUUUAAGAAAACCAACUCCAUGGCACAAAGAGCUCUCUCUCACUCAUGGGUCUCUCCAUUGCCUGAAACCACAACAUCUGAUAUACUCGGCCAGUUUGCACGCAAUGCUGAUCAUCAGUUUAGUUCAGAGAAUAUGUCACUGGCAGCAAAACCUAGCUCGGGCUUCCAUUUUUGUUUUACCGAAGAUUUACAACAAACCUCCACUACUACUUUCUCUCCUAUACAUGUUUCCUCCUACAAGCCCAUUAAUCCAAUUGCUGGUAAACCAUCUCAACUUUCCACUGCCAUAGGAGACCUUCAUACAAGCUUCAUGCUUUCACAGCUGGGAACGUCUGGACCUGUAACACCCACAGUUGAUGUUUCUUCCAUGCUGUUAAAUAUGCCAUCUUCCAUGCUUGGAGAUCUUGGUAAGACCUCUGAGAGCAUAGAUUUUAGCGGGUCAGAACAGCUAUGCAAUGGCUUCCCAGUCACUUUACCGCAGGAUAUACAAGGCAAUGUCUGUAGUGGCGAAGAGGCUGCCUUGCUGAAGAACCUGAAUGUGAUACAUGGUGAUGAUCAAUGGGAGUCUGUUCGAGCAAUGGGAUUUCCCUUCGGUUUGCCUUUGAAUAUGGCUGAAGGAUGGAAACCAAACAUGCUGUGGGAUUCUUCUCCAUGCCCUAGUGAGAUGUCCACAAGUUAUUCUACGAACAAGUGCUAUACUUAAUCAAAUUGAUAUACAGUUCAACAUUGUUUUCUAGAUUUUAGCAAGCAAGUUCAAGUUCAUGUUAGAAACAUAAGAUUCAGUUUACAGGAACAUGUACAAUCUUUUGGUAGGCCAUGGAACCUGUUUUAUGAUUGAAAUAGAAUGUGAAUCCAACGUUCUAAAAA